GUCCGAUAUUACUCUAUGUAGCUUGACAGUCGUGGUGGAAGUCUGGACUUUGAAGCUCCGCUCUGAAUGUUGCUGCUCGCUGCUGCCAACGCCCGGCGAAAGAAACACACGGAGGGACAUUGCCAGCGGAAUCAGAAAGCACAAAGAUGCAGACUAUCAAAUGUGUGGUGGUGGGUGAUGGAGCAGUGGGAAAAACCUGCCUAUUGAUCUCAUACACCACCAACAAAUUCCCCUCUGAAUAUGUACCAACAGUUUUUGACAACUAUGCAGUAACUGUAAUGAUUGGGGGUGAACCAUACACCCUUGGCUUAUUUGAUACAGCGGGUCAGGAGGAUUAUGACCGGUUACGACCACUAAGCUACCCACAGACAGAUGUCUUCUUAGUUUGUUUCUCAGUUGUUUCACCUUCCUCAUUUGAGAAUGUUAAAGAAAAGUGGGUUCCUGAAAUAACUCACCACUGUCCCAAGACUCCAUUCCUGUUGGUAGGCACUCAGAUCGACCUGCGUGAUGACCCCUCCACAGUGGAGAAGCUAGCUAAGAACAAACAGAAGCCCAUCACCCCCGAGACAGCAGAAAAACUUGCUCGCGACCUUAAGGCAGUCAAAUAUGUUGAGUGCUCCGCCCUAACACAGAAAGGAUUAAAGAAUGUGUUUGAUGAGGCAAUACUGGCUGCCCUGGAGCCUCCUGAACCUAAGAAAAGGCGUAAAUGUGUUCUGCUCUAAGUUUCGUCGCAGCCUUCUCCACAACAGUUUCCAUAUCUAGGUUAACAGUACUGAAGAGGUUUGCUGCACAAGCACAUUCCAACAUAAGUUGAAGUAUCAUGAAAUAUUUGCCUUCUGACUGAGUUAACCUGAAUACAUAUCCAAUGUGUUGAACAUGAUUUUAAGAUUGAGCGACAUUUGAUGCCGUUUGUGAUGAUGUGAACGCUCGACUAAAUAUUUCAGCAGACUGUAGGUGAAAUUGUUGAAUGACGUUGCAGUUUUUACCACAUUAUGUUUAGAGUUCAUUGUGCAGAAGUGUUUCAGAAUAACGGACUAUGAAGUGAUAUGUUAAUAGAACUGUUUAAUCGACUGCCCUGUGAAACAUCAACAAGCUGAAAAUGAUGAGUUAGUGAAAUGCUCAAAAUAGGUGUUAUGUCUUAAAUCUGUUUUUUUUUUUGUUUUGUUUUUUACUUUACAUGCAAUUAUCUUAAGUUUAUCAUUUGUAUCAUCUAUAUGUUCAACCCUGGACACUGUGUCAUUCUUCCAUUACCGGUGGAGUAUCUAGCAAUAUCAAUCCUGCUUAAGUCUUAGAACUCAUAUUUUCUUUUCAAGACAUACUUUUAAGAAAGAAUACAUUUCUCAAAGGGUUAAUAAAAGUAGCUGUAUUUUUUACAUUUUUCAUAUUCAAUGUUAAUAUUGCCUCCAGGCAGAUCCAAGUAAUAUUUGAUAUAAAAUGACAUUUCUAGGCUAUGAUCCAACAUAGUUCUAGUUUGCCAAAAGAAGACUUCAAUAAAUUGACACUUGUCAGAGUAGAGCUCUACCUCCUUUUGGAAGUCGCGUAUCAGAAAUAGUCAUUGUCAAUUUAAGUAACGACACAUGAGGAGUUGGAGCACAAAAGUUUGCCAGUCAUUAAUUUUUGUUACAGAAGUGAGGUCACAAGAAGGUGACGAAUGCAUAUCAAAAGUUGCAAUGUUUAAACUUUGUAGGAGUGUUUCAGCUGAUAACCCCAGGUUAAUAAACUGAAGAUACUUGCUGCUGCUACGCUGCAGCAUCAUGAAGUCAUUGACGGUUCUUAGAAUGCAUUGUUUGAGACCCUGUGAAUAUUUCUGAGUGACUGAACUAGCACUAUUUGCAUUUGUCUUUUGCUAUGUCCAUGCCUGAAUGAUGGGCUUGAAUUUAUAAUUACAGUGAAAAAAACUCAUAACUUAUUGACUGAAUACAAUGUGUGCAUUACUGAUACUGAGAUGUAGAGAAGCCCAGAUGACACUGAAAUUAACCAGGAAAAUGUUAAGAGAAAGUAAGUAAGAAAAUUAGUUUCUUCUUUUAUUCAAUUUGACAUCAAAUUUGUACUGUAUCUUGCAUCACAAUGUAACCAGUAUUAAUAUGAAUAAACCUAAUUUCAAAUACAUGUUGUCUGACUUGAUGGUUAUGUAAAUACAGGUUACAAACUUUCUAAAGAUGAUGUGGUGCGAGGAAAUCCAAAAUAAAACAGAUUCUGCAACAAAAAA